AUGUUGGAAAAACCAAUAACUGUCGCUGUGUCGCGAGCUGAAAAGAAACUAUUCUCGGUCGUUUUUAUUUAUCAAGAUUAUUUAAAAAUUAGGUCGAGGAGGAGAGUUUCGAAAGAAAAGUUGACGAUAGCGACGGCCCACUGCCGAACUUAAUGAAUUUAUAUUUUUUCCAUCGACGCUGCAGUGUCGGGUUAAGUAGCGAUGAGUAUGUUAAGCUGGUUUUGGCGAUGAAGUCACUUAUUGAGAAAUAUCCCCUGACUCAUGUUCGCUUUUGGGGAAAAAUAUUUGGAAUUCUACAAAAUUAUUAUAUAGUUGAAACGGAAGUGGCAGAAGGUGAAACAAUCCAAGAUUCUGAUGAUGAGGAUGAGAUUGAAGAAAAAGACACCAAUUUUGUCGGUGACGAGGAAAAAUUAUCUUUGACAGGUAUUUUGCUGGGAAUUUAAAGAUAUUUUUAUCAUGUCAACUUUUUGCCAGUCUUAACAUGCAUUUAUGUCUACCAAACCCUGUUACAACAUUUGCUCAUUAAUCCUGUUAUCUGUCCAUGUAUAUUAAUAGCUAUUAAUGGACAUGGACAGGUAGCAGGAUUUGUUGUUAUCUAAAAACCGUAGACUAGUCAACGUUUUUUUAGAUAACAACACAUUUUACAAGAAACGACUGCUUUUCUUCGUUGGACCAACUACCUGGAAGUCUUUUUUACCAAACUCGUGGAUGUUUUAUGACCAAACAAAGCACAUGACUUUUUGAAAAACGCAAAGACGGCGAUGCGUGCAGUAUUUUCUGAUGACAUAGUAUUUCAUGGCCUCUUAUUCAACUACACACGGUUAUUGCAAAUUAAUAAGAUAAGGAAACUGUUCAUUCAUAGAGAUAAGAAACAUGAUAGAUAAGUAAAACAUCAUUGGUCUGAUAAAUGUGUGCGCACGACGAUGGAGAAGGCAGAGGGAGGUUAUUUAAGCAAGCGCGUUCGCAUUACAGCGAACACCUGUUAGACGUGAUCAAAAUUCGGCACCAGCGAUGGGAGAGGAAUGGGAGAACGGGUAUGGGGAUGAGGGUAUGAUCGUUAUCGAUCCUUACUAUUGCAGUGCGAGGCUGAUCACGUGAUCCAGCUGCUUAGAGAGUUCCGGCUUUAUCCUUCAUAAUGCAGCGGUCUCGGCAAAGCGCUUGAGACGCCAAUCGUCAUUCAAACGACCAUAAAUGCAGUCGCUGAGUCCACAUAUAGCCCAUGUCUCCUAAGUCCUGCGUAACUGAACUCCUGGGUGCCUUAUUUUCUGCCCUUAGCAGCCACUGCGGCUUGUGUUUAGCUGAGCAAACUGCCAACUUCCUUUGCGUGCGUACAGUGUAUUUUCAUCCGUACUAUAUGUAACCUCAUAAAUACAAUUUUAUGUCGUGUGCAUCGGCAGAAUGUCCCGCUGGUCUAACUGGAAUAGCCGCUGCAGUGCUCAUGAACAACAAACUAGAGGCGACGUACGUCCGUUCAAUCAUGCACCGAAAUCGUAGCUUGAUCAUAUUUGACACAAUAGCAACUUUGAAAGGGAGGUUCAUGCUCACCGAUUUUUUUUGUCUAGGCUGUCGAUACUUAUCGAGAAAUUUUUCUGGAUACCAGUUUCCAAGUGAAACGUUUUUUGGAAACUUAUUAGUCGUCGAUCGUGUCUGAGGAACAGAUCCUAUUGGUUAUGUUGAAGAGGCAUAAAACAAAGUUUUGUUUUUUUCUGAAUGGGAGCGAAACUGAGGAAGUAAAUAUAGUGUCAUUUUUAGGUGGCUUUUCGAUAGACAAAUCUCUGAAUAGAGCCAUCUGCUCACCUGGGUACAAGAACGUCCAAAGGUCACAAAACUUUAUGGCGUCAAUAAAUCCUGCACGUUUCGUCGCAUUCGCUUUGUUCAAAUUUAUUCCAGGAAAACAGUGCUCCAACAUGAAUAUUUGUCAAAUACCUCAAACUGGGAAAAGGUGAGCACGAUAAGUUAAAGAAACAGCCAGGGUGGUCGAAAAUAUUUAAUUAGAGGUAAGAAAUAUAGACGAAUAUUUAACCUUUAUUGUAGGCUAAAGUAAACGGAAAUGCAGAAUUUAUUGUUUCCUGUGUUUCUGUUGGCUAAAAUACAGUGAUGCUCUACUCGGCGACUUCUUUCCAUGAAGAUGUCGCCCUUCCAACCUGGGAACUAAAUAAUAAUUUUAAGAAUCAUUGUACUUGAUACGGCUGCGAUCAUGCCUGAUCUAGCCGGCCUCGAUGAUGUCCCGAACUAUACCUCUCCACGCGUGACGAUCCGCGGCAGCAGAUCUGGACAGCUCAACCCAUUCCCUUUGCCAACGACGGAGACCGAAUACCGAACGUCUAAGAACCAUCUCCAUGUCUUUACGAACUGUGUCGAGCUAGGUUUUGAACUGACCCCCUCCUAGACGCCUCCACUGGGGCAAUGGUGCCGGAUCGAGGGCAGUAGCACUGAGCUCUUGAGGUGAACGACGAAGAACAUGCCCGAAAAAUGCCUGAAUGGGUCGGGCAUUUUAAGAAUAGUCAUUUGUUGGUGGCAUAUAGGCUAUAACUGCGGUCAGAUGAAUAAAGAACUGUUUAAACACAUCAAGCUAACUAGUAGAAGUUGAUGUGGUUUUAAGCAACGUUACGCUUCAGUAUACCUGAGGCAUAAAUUUCGUUUCAUUCUCUACCAUGUAAACUAUGAGACGAAUGCUUUCCUUAAAUCACCAGUUAGGUGGAAGUUUGCUUUUUAAUUUAAAUAAAAAAUAAAUAAUUAAUAUAAAACCUCUAUGUAAUACGUCAAAUUUUAUUCCGUUUUUGGAACUUUUACAUGUAGCUAGACUGCGGCAAACUGCUGACAUUUAUCCCAAACUCCUUACUCCCAAUGCAUUGCAAAUAUGGACAACGGAGAUCUGGAUAUCUAGUUUCUGUUCUGUUACGUCAUUAGUCGCUCAGGCGCAUUCUUAACGAUCAAGAUCAUUUGCUGAGAUCUACAGUAUCAGUAUCAGUUUAUUAAGGGAAAUAUAGGCAAGCGCCUUUGAAUUCCCUCUUGGUUACAAGUCGUCGGAGAAAAACAUGGAUAAAUGGGAAGGUGAAAAAGGGAUUUUGUACAUACUCGCGGACAGCUGGCAGCUAGCCGAAAAAGAGUAAUCAUUAAUGGUUACGUACUAAUUACAAGUAGUAUAAACACAUAUAAGAUGGUACCGGGUUAUGUGAGUGGAUGUGGGGGUGGUAAUUGGGAAGCUUGAUGCAGGUCAAGUCUAAACUUGAAGGAGUUCACACAGGAGGAGGUUACAACAUCGGUAGGUAGGGCAUUCCAGGCUGCAACCACUCUGUUACUGAAAAAGGACUUUCGUCCAUUGGUUCUAGAUUUCCCUGCGCGUAGUUUUAGGGGAUGACCGCGCAAAUUGGGCGUGUUAGCUUGGGUGAAAUAAUCAGUGGGAUCUAAACAACAGUCUAGGCCGUUGAUGAUGCGAAAUGUUAGUAUAAGGUCACCACGUAAUUGCCUGUAGGAAAGGGGAAACAGGUUGAGGACUGACAGUCUGGUUUCAUAGGGCAGUGCUCCCAGACCUUGUGUCAUUUUGGUCGCCCGUCUCUGGACCUUCUCCAAGACGGUAUAAUCCUUGGCAGUCCAGGGUCUCCACGCCUGUAUGGCGUAUUCUAGAUGAGGUCGCACGAAGGUGCCAAAUAUUUUGGAAAAGCAGUCAGGGUCAAAUCCCAUAAAUGCUCGCCUAAUGAGUUGCAAUGUGGCCGUAGCCGAUUUAGCCGCCUUCGCGCAGUGCAGUGUUGGUUUGAGUGAAGAUGUAAUCCAUACACCCAAGUCCUUCUGACUGUCAACCUGUUGCAGUGGUGUGCCGUGUAGAAAGUAAGUUCUGGGGCUGGGGGCUCUGAAGCCGCCGAGUUGAAGAAAGUUACACUUGCUUAUAUUGAAGGGCAUAAGCCAGCGCUUCGACCAGUCUUCGAGCCUGUUCAAGUUUGCUUGCAGGUGGUCUGCGUCUGCCGCAUCGUGAAUAACUUUCCACAAUUUUAUGUCGUCGGCAAACAGGAUGGCAUCACAGUCUAGGUCCUUGACGCAGUCAUUUACGAAAACGAGGAAUAACGUGGGACCUAAGACUGAGACCUGUGGGACGCCAUUCACCACGCUUACAUCUGAGGACUGUUGGCGCCCGACCUGCACUCUCUGGGACCGUCCAGCCAAAAAGCUCUGGAUCCAUACAAGAAGGCGUCCACGAAUUCCAGCGUUGCGCAGUUUGUACAAGAGACGUUGAUGAGGAACGCUGUUGAAAGCCUUUUUGAAGUCGAUGUAGAUGGCGUGCACCACCUUGCCUUCAUCACGUGCUUUGGUCCAGCGUUCGAGCGUAAAGAGCAGAUUCGUGAGGCAGGACCUACCACUUCGAAAGCCGUGUUGGGCAUCAGAAAGGAGUUGGUGCUGCUCGAGGAACUGCAUAUCUUCAUAUUCUUGUCACAACAUCCUCAUCAACCUGGUUUGACUGAUGAUUAAAUCACUGGAGAUUCGUCCCGCCAUUAAGUUUGAGUUGGAAUUAUUGGGCAAAAUAGUAGCAAUAGAUCCGUAUUUUAAUUUCAGAAUAAGUGUUUUCUGUUUAAAAACCAAGUCCACUGUAAGUACCAGGUCGGGUUGUAAAGUCUAUUGCAUGGCACGUUUUACUUGACCGGCUUCUUCCCAAGGAUUUCUUAUGAUUGCAUGCUAAAAGUGUUUUUGUAUAUCGGGCAACUUUGAAUAUGCAGACGGCAUGCACCAUACAUGGCAAAACGUAUAUUCUAAAAUAUCGAGUGCCUUCAUAUAAUCUCUCAUUGCUAUGUUGUCAAUCUCAUCAAUUUGUUGAACUUCUAUGUCUAUGCACGUUACUUUGAUCUUUAUUUCUUUGGGUGUUGUAUUUAGUUCUGUUCCGUAAAUUACUGUUUUAUUGCGGGUAAGAGCAUGUUUUUACCCGGACGCAAUCAGUAGGUUACUGCGGCUUUAGCGUUCGAGUAACACGACGGUUUUUAUAAGCUUUUAAAAGUACUCCCUCUUGCUUUGUUGUAAAGUGUAUUUUCAGAUACUAGCCCCGCCAUUACUGGCUUUUGAUUAUUUUAACUUGUAGCAGAAUUCUAAUCAUAUUUAUACGAAAUUGGCUUAAUGACCGGAAAAAAUAUACUGAUUCCAGACAAAGUCAUUUUUUGACUAUGCCUUAAACAAAUGGUCACACCUUUGGCACUGUAUUUAGCUUAUUUGCUGAUUAAGAUCUUCAGUAUUCCCGCUUGUUUUGGGUUUUGCACAAUAAUAAUGAAAUAAACUUUUGUGACUUGCACAAAACAUCACAUAGAAAAUAAUUUACCACUGAGUUUUCCAGGAAAAUCUUUGGAAGUGAGACUGUGAAUGCAUUAUUAAGAGUGCGGAAAAGUGACGAAAAAAUGGCUUCUUUGGAUACCGUUCUUGACCUGUGUAAUUUUUUCCAAAGUAUAACAGCCGGUAAGAAUACAUGCCCUCUUGUGGUAGCCUUAUGCCAAGUCGACUGCAGUGAAUACACAUUCCUCUGACAGGGGGGUCGUUUUUCUGAGAUGAAAAAACGAUGAAGCCGAGACGAGUCAAAAUAAGAAGCUUGAAGUUUUCUUUGGAAAUUUUAGGCUUUUCAGCAUCGCCAAUGAAUAUUCUAACAAGCUAUUUAGACAGUUUUUUGCAAAGUAGUAAAUGUAAGUGUAAAGCCUACUUUGGAAGCAAUGUUAUAACUCGUGUGGCGCAGAGUGAUCCUCCAAGAAACUUUAAUUUAACGGAUUUUAGAUUAUGUACGAAUUUCUAAAUCAUUAGUAUCAAACUGUUUUAGUCGUGUUAGUAAUUUCCCAAGCCGUGACAUUGGUCAGACCGAUGCGCAACAGAAAUAAAAUUCCUUCGUUUCUUGAAUUCAAUAGCCGGUUAUAAUUUUCAAAGUCCUGGACGACACAAAAGCACUCGACCUUCGUUUUUGCUCCAGAAACAACCCCAAUUUUUCGUUUUUUAGGCAAAACCUGGAGUCAUCCAAAAGUAACCAUUUUUGACGUUUUGUCAAUAAAAAUGCACCCCUUGACCCAGAGGUGAAUAGCGCACAAGGUUAACGUAAUUCACUGCUUCGUUAAUCAGCGCCAGUUGGUGGACGUUUUCCAUCGUAGGACUCAGAAAACUUGCAAAUAAUUUAAUUACCUUAUCCGAACCACGGAUGCUUUCUCUUCAGAGGACGACUUCCCAAAAAACCGAUGGAAGCCUCCGCCAACAAUUCCACCGGAAGAAUUCCGUGAAGGCGUUAAUAAAUAUGUCUACUUCGUUUGUCACUUUCCCGGUGGCAGGUGGAUUCGCCUUCCUCAUGUCAAACCUCAGCAGAUAUGCGUUGCGCGUCAGGUAAGGUGUUCUGUUGACUGCUCGGUGUGUGUAGUGAGUGGGACAUUGCAGAUGAGCAUAUUGCCCUGCCUGUGAACAGAAUGCAAAAUAUUGUUUUUUUGACUCGUUCUCCCUACGCGAUUAGGGAUUUCUUUGUGGAACGGAAUUAAGUUGCAGUAAAAAAACCCUACGACUUUGCCCCAUGUGCAAUUUCGUCUAAACGAUUUUGAUAGCACGGUUUUUUUGCCUGCAGACAGCUAGAAAUAGGCAAACUAAUCGUUAAAAUGCGCUAAUGACAAUAUAAUUGUCCUCUUGAACUCGGUCUCCCUAAUCCUAUUAUCUUCAGAGUGCAGCUGUCAUCGAGAAGUUGCAUCACUUAACCGGAGAGAGGAGCCGGUCCCUGUCUCUCAAAGACAUCCUCAGCUAUUUUGCGGACUCAAUGGAAUGUCAUAUUUGACUUUCUGAAGAUGUCCUCGAAGAGUUCAAUAUGUUUUCAAAAUAGAUUCUGGAAGAUAUGCGUACAGGAAUAUUUGAAAAAACAUAGAAUAUAAUACUUUUUGAUGGAAUUCUCCCAGUCGGAAAGCGAUGUUUAUCAGUUUGCCCGGAUUCCAACUCCCUAUUGCUAAUUACACACAGGGGAAUUAUAAGUUGGCUCUCGAUUUUCCAUCAAAAUACGGAUGGCAGCUAGCACAAUGUAAUUGCAUGUGUUACGUAUCCAGUAAAUUAAUGAAAAUACCGAAGCCAAUUCGGGACUAAACGCAUAAUUUGGUUGGAAGAGAGUCGCAUUUGUUAGGUUAUAGUUUCGAAAUAGCAUUUAAUUCAUUGCCGAUUUCCAUUAUAAUUAGUAGAGAUUUUGAGAUCCAUAUCGUCUUUCAGUCUUAUACGGAAUUAUUGAAGUGCCGAUCCUACUGAGGUUAGUAGGAAGGUAAUGGUUUCGUUCUCUCAUAGUACCACUACUCAUUCCCUGGAAAAUGUUUUUACUGCUAUGUUAAUCCAUGCGGUAUGCUUCCAAAAAAGCAAAUAACAUUUUAUAGGCACUGCAAUGGGAAAGAGUUUGGAGGACUUCCAGCAGUUAUUAUCGACCGUUUAUUUAUUUACGCCGUUAUUUAUUAAACGCCGGCAAACACACGAAAGGAGUAGUACUAUUUGCUUUUAUAUUUCAGUAUCCAGUGCCACUGAUAGUGGAAAGCCUCUGUGAUCAGGUUACUUGUUAGUUUGUCAAAGAGUUUUAUAAGAUUCUAGCACCUCCUUUCCAAGUAGAAACGCACUUUCUUCCCUACAAGUGUAUCUCAGUUUGUCGAUUUAGCUGGUCUGUCAUGUAAAAUGCCAGUUCACUGCUUCAAAGAUCAGAGUCAAGGCAGGGCGUUUCUUGACAAACGCCUGAUUAGCCUAUAUGCACAGCCUGUUUCACCAUUAAUUACCUCUUAAAAGCUUGUUAUCCUUCCUCCCUUCGUAAGCUCCGUCUGUACAAAAGCCCGUAUAAUCAGCUGUCAGCAAAAACUCGUACUGGCUGUUUCAUUAUGGACUGCGAUUCUAAGAUUAACACAUUUAUUCAGUUAAUCGUUCCGCCUGAAUAUUGCCUAUAUCUACCCCGCAGUCAUAGACUAGCCUCAAAGAGGUGUCAGCCAAUUGAGCAAUACCUUAUCAUCUGCUCUCUAGGGUGUUGCUUAAUGCCAAAAACUGGAAUACAGUACUGCCUUCGGCAACAGUAUAGUAUGUGGCCCCGCUGAUAAAACUGGAAGCAAGCAUGCCUGUAACUCUUAAACCCAACAUUAACCGCAACCUUAAACCUAUCCUUAACAUAACUAUUGAACCCAGCCCUAACCAAAACAGGGACUAUAAUCUUAUCCUUAACCCUUAAACAUAAUCUUAUUUCCAACCCCAACUUCGGCCCUAAACUCAACACCCAAACCUAGCUUUAACCUUAAACCUGGCCCUAAUUACUAGUGUUGGUAUUUAAAUAGCACUAACGUUAGUUUCAUGAGUAGGCCAAAUCUAAGACUUUUGGAAUGGUUCAGCUUUGUCCGUAAUAUUACUAUGAGGGUUGUGUUCUUCUAACCGCACAAAGCUCUUCUAAAUCUGUUACCUGCAGAAAAUAGUAAAACGCUUCCAAAUAGAAUAAGUAGGCGAGUUUUAGUCAUAGCGACUGGGUGAGGCCACAUGCUAUACCGUCACCCCACUUUCGUCUACCCUCGGACAGGCUGGUAACGCUUCUUUUUACCUUUCCCCUGCGUUCAGAUCUGCCGCUUUUUUACCGGCAACUUAGACGCCCCCGUGGAAAGCUUCCCCAUCUUUCCAGGAACCGAGGCAAACUACCUGCGAGCACAGAUUGCACGCAUCACUGCCUGCACUCACGUCUCCCCCGAGGGGUACUUUAGCUUUGAAGACGAAGAGGGUGAGGAGGAGUACGACGAUGACGAGGAGGAGGAAGAGGACAGAGCGCAACGGGAAUGCAUUCGGAACCUGGAAUACGCUCCCUUGCCGAUCGCGCAAUUGGGUCAUCCUGGUCUCAAACACUGGGUGCACCACUCACCCUAUAUCUUGCCUCAAGGCCGAGUUAGAUGGUAUGCCCAAAGUCCUUUCACCUGCAUCAGAUUUUGGACUUUGAUGUUUCAGGCGAGAUGGACUAACCUGGACGCCAGCAUAUACUCACAUGACUGGGGUGUUAAGGAUAACCAGUUCAUGCUUAGAGAUAGUUCAGUAACUACCGGCAAAGCAAAAUUUUCGCCUUCCUUACAGCCCACUUCGACAACUUUCUAAUGUCAACCUUUGUUUCGCGGCCAGCGGUAUUACUCUUUCCAGGAGACCGAUGUUUUUCUCUUGUCUACAAAAUAUUACCGGACAUUUUUGAGUCCAAAUCCAAUUAACUCACUUGCGUGCAUGCCCAACUCCGUCUCAGGACAUAAUUGAGUAGUCUCCUUGCGGCGCAGACGAACGGACAGAUCUGUCCACUUAUGAUUUACAAAAGAAUUAGUGUAAAUAUGUCCAAACAUGGCAGCAGGAGAAUAUCAUGACUCAUCAACUAUAUUACUCAUUGGUUCUAGUACUGACACUACAACCGGAAUCACCCGUACCAUUAACAUAGAUCCCGUUAGCAGCCAAGUACACGACACAGAUUCGUAGCAGUCGAAAAUGACACCUACUACAGCAUCCAUGCUAAGAGAAAUCUAUUACACGAUAUAUAUGGCAAGGAAAAUAUUGUAAUAUUUAGCAAAAUAGUCAAUACGCAAAUUAUACUGCUCCCGAUCAAGAGGGCUUUCAUGUAGCACAAUCGCAGCAAAACUAAUAAAACUUGCAACUAGAGAAGAAAUUCUGAAAAGAAUGCAAUACCCAACUUUGCGUAUUACUUAAGAAUGCAUACUGAUUCACAUGAAAGUAUUGUUGAAUUUGGGUACGCUUCCUUUUUCCAAGAUAACAUAAAUUUUCGCAAAAAUACCACAUUCAGUUUAUUUGUUGGUUGGCAUACACCCUAAUUUGGCAACCUUGGCGGCUUCCCUGUGUUCAGCAGUUCUGCAUCAUUACGUCGUACCGUUGGGUCAACGUUCCUACUUUGCUCUUAUGGGAUUCGCAAACAUCACUCGUCCUUAGGUUCCUAUUGGCUGUUUCGCUGUCUCGAUCUCUGAACUUGACUUGUUACUGUGCAGGCGCUAUAUUUAGCUUCCUUCGGUUUUUGGUGUUAAAUUUCGUUAGUAUUCAGUUUUUCGGCUCCCAUUCAAGGUCAUGCACGAAUCUUUUUUAACUUAUACGAGGAAUUAGAACAUUUUUCCAAAAAUUCGCAUUGUUAAUAGAGUUCUUUCCCUUCCAUUGGCCCCACACAUAUAACUCCUACUUCCACCGGUGGCCUGUCCUCCACAUUCUGAAUGGGGUUGCUUAUUGCGUCGUCUCCGAAAUUCGAUCACCGGAAAAUGAGCGUUUUUCUUCCUAGAUUUUGUAUUCACGAUCGAAAUCAGCAAACAAAAGUUGGGAACAUAUAAGAGGCGAAGUUCCUGCGCGACCACAGUGAGCAUGGAGGGAGAUUAAGGGUUAGUUUGGGAGCACCCGGUUGUGAAGACACACAUAACCACGACAGUUCGACCGCCGCGACCAACGGUGUCCGCCGUGUGCUUUAUAUCAGGGUGUAAGCAGAGACGGUGAUCUCUGUGUUAAUUCGUUUAUAAGGGUAGUAGACUUAUGCUGCGUCUACUACGCUCUCCUCCUACCCCACCUAGCAGCGGUGUCAAGACAGAGUCAAGAGGACCGGAGACGGAAGAGGCGCAGGUUGCUGACAAGGAGAAAACUCGUGUCUCCGCGUGCCAAUGCAUCUUUUGAUCCACAAUGUAUAUUGACCAGAAUUUUAUACCAGGAACAGAAAGGGGUGGUACGGAUCCAAAUUUUCACGGUUCGGACCUGCGACUAGGCGUGCUGCCACACCCCAAAUGUUGGCAUUUUUAUGAGUGUUCUUUCCGGCAACGCCAGCCGGACUCCGAUCUAUCCCCUGUGUUGGUCCAACGCAUCUACCGCAUAUAGACACGAUGAGCAAGUGUCUGGUAACCUGUCGGUCAGCGACGGUUACCGGGGUGUGGCCGCUGUACUCAGCAGGCCGUCGUGGAGCACCAGAUGAGGGCUGGGUGCCACGGCAGGAGCGAAGUAUGAGUAUUCACUAAGCCCACUUAAGCGUUAACUGGAGUCCACCAGGUUUUUGUUUGCAUGUACUUCUAACGACAAUGGCCACGCCUGAACUGACCGGCAUAGAUGGUGCCUCGUGAGUUACUUUCCAAUUUUCCGCAGUUUGCGGCAGUCUGAGCACCUUCUCUGCUAUACUGCAGAGCAACGGUCGUUAGACUAAAUCGAGGAAUCGGGAGUGACCGUACAGCUACGGGAGUUAUCGUUAUCCUAAAGGACAUGCCAUUAGGUACCCCUGGCCAGUGACGGCAACUUGACCGUCUCUGUCCCGUGGCAUUGAUGGGCAUUAGUAAUUGAAUGAAGGAUAACUGAAUCAAUUCUCCUGUCAGUUCAUAACGGCUGUAGGUACGCCACAAGAAAUAAGUUCAAACAAACUUGCCCAUUUGUGUCAAGAUGUGCGUGAGCUCGGCCUUUCCUUUCCAUCAAAUAAAUAAACCGCUUACAGAUAUUUCUGAGUGCAUGCACUUACCUUUAGGUAUGACGAAUUCUAAUACAAAGUUGACGAACAUUAGGUUAAGUCACUUAUGGUUUGACAUUCAAAUAACUACAAUUUUAAUUAAGAAUUUUGUAAAACCCAUGGAUCUACUUCAUCCGAAUAAGAAGAAGAUUCAGGAAGUUAAAGUGACGUCGUCGUGCCAACACAAUUAUUGCAAACUUAUGUAGUCUUGGUUAAUUAUAAAAUCUAUUUUCUCCUCACCCCUAGGUUGAACCCAGCGUCGUUGGCCUUUGAUGAGGCCUCAGAACAAUCUUUUGAAAAGGAAGAGGAGGAUGAGCUGGCGGAAACGAAGCUGGUUGGUUUGAAUGACCACGCUGAGCGUGGACUCCCGCUGCUAACCAGUAUUUCUAACGAUAUUGACGUCUAUGGACAGAUGCCCUGGAGCGUUCGCGUGUUCGACAGCCCUUCACCCGAACAGGCCUGUGUGCUAGUCUCCUCCAACCUCUGGGUCGGUGCGCACGCGAUCGCCUGGGAUAGGUCGGUAACGAUAGAUUUAAAAAUAAACCUUCCCACCAUAAAUCAUUCUAUUGUAGAGUUGAAGACAUGCCACAAACAUCUUACAAGUAAGAAGGCGUACACAUUGAAACCAUAGAGAGAAGUGUUAACUCCGAGUUGAUUGCUAGGUAUUAUUAGUUGAGUAUAAUCCUGUAGACCCGAAAUAUUUUCAACGAGCAGUGACUCUGUCCUGGUUUUGUCAUUAAUGGCUUAGAAGGGUUUUUUGAUCUAAACUCCGAAAAUCCUGCCAGGCUCGGUAGAUUCUUUUGAAUUUCGUUUGGAGGCCAUUCAGUGAAUGCACAAAUGUUGGCUAAAAAGAGUUUUCUAGCUAUUUUGGCGGACUUUGAAUAAUUAAUUUUGACUCAUCUGUGAAAAACUCGGCGAUCUCGAUGGGAUUCGAGCUCACGACUGCAAGAGGCAAACUUGAGUAAAGCCAACGCUCCAGCCCCCUGAGCUAGGUGGCCUUACCAGGACCUGUGAGUUUAAUCGCAUUUAUGUCAAGUUACCUGGUUGUCAUCUGGUGGAUCCUAGAUAGAUUACUUAGGAAAUCCUUCUUGGACAGUCAGACAACUUCACCAGAUUUGCUUGUUUCCAUAUGUUGCAAUAGGAUGGCUGGGCCGGUAAUUUGAUCCAAAUGUUAUUAACCCCACGGCUUCCGGUGGGCCCUCGUACCUGAGCUGACAAGAGCGUCGGAUGUGCUCAAACGUUCCCCUAGCUGUCGUGGGUUCACACCCCACCGAGGUCGCCUAUUUUGGUUGGGCUAAAAUAAAUAAAAUUUGUCAAGUUAGGGACAUAACGCUUUAACAUUCUGCUAAUUAGUCCGCCAGUUAAUUGUAAAUGGCCGUGGAAAAUCAAACAACAACGGUUCUACUUUAGCCUUCACUGUCUGGUGCUGCCAGGAAAGUAAUGAGUGUAGCUUGAAUCCAACAAACGGCAAUUUAUCAGAGAGGGAGAUCAGCAUAAUAAUCACUGUUUCCGCAUCAUUUACGUGGCCACGGUUUUGCAACGCCUUUUGUUAUUCUUUUUUGGCUUACGCGUCCUUUAGGUUAAUAUGACAUUUUCUGUUUUUUUGAUAGAGGAUGGAGGUCUUAAACUCCGGAGCAAGUUCGAAUGAGUCAGGUUUGCUUCAUUGUCAGCGCAUCAAGUAUUCUUGGUGAUUGGGUUGGAGAGAUAGUUCUUCAGUAAGCCCGAACUUAAUCGCCAAAAGCCGUGUCAAACUGGGGCAAAAAUUGGUAACCUUUUAAAACCAGCUCAAGGCUCAACUAAAAAGUGGAAGUUACGUCGCCCGAAAUCAUAUUAUCAGAGUACGUCUCGUAACGUGGUCAAUGAACACCCUUUCCAUCCUAUUAAGGUGUGAAACUGUCUAAAUUAUUUGUUACUGACGUCCGUGCUUCUAAGAACUUCAGCGACGGCCGGGAAACCUCUUUGAAGCACUGUCAGACAUGUUUAACCACUGCGGGCAGUUUUUCCAUGCUCAAGACGUUAGCAUCUAAAGUGCUGACGGCUAACACCUAAAGGCAUGGUGAAGAGUUUCAGUUAUACCAAAAGCACCGGAAGUGGUGAUUGUUCAUUCUCCACCAAGACCGAUUGCGGCUCAGUCAGAACGAAAGCGAGCGCAAGGUACUGAGAGGCACGGAUUCUCCCUGUGGAAGGCUACAACCAUGGAACUCUCUGCAGCCCAGUUCAGGUGUGGGGUCACUUCAAAACCAUGCCAGCUUUCCUGAGGGCGCAAGUAAGAUUUGGAACUGGCCUGUGCUUAAAACAGGUCACGCACUCCAAACAGACCUUCGUGUGCUCUCAUUUAGUAAAGACUGGCCAACAAAUAUGCAUUUCUGAACUGUGCGUUGUAGCUAACAUUGCGGUAUGCUAACUUAACCCUGUUUUCCUGAAAGAUGCGCGAAAAAUGAAAUAUGAAAGAGAGUUGCACGCAGCAUACUCCAUCAUAUCUUGGCCAAUCAUUCUGUAUUACUCCUUUUUAUGAAAGGCGCGAAGGUUUUUGCCUCUGGUAGCAUAGGUUCUUCUCUUACCGGUUGCUCACUUAAUAUGCAGGCUUACUUAGCAGAAGCGCACCCCAGACAUCGGGUUCCGAAUUCGUGUUGAAAAAAAAACAGUUCUUCACCAAACCACCCCUAGCAACCACUAACUAACGAUCUGCAGUAUACUUGGGUUUCUGGACUACUAAAUACUAUGUUGAGUGCGCUAUGGCGGAUUGAUCGGGGACCAAUCAUGCCAAGAUUAGUAAUUUCCUAUGCAACAACAGGAGCAAAUCCCCUCACAACGCGGUUCGUUGGGUUGGGCUAGCCUUGUAUGGCUUAAGGAGAAUGGCAUUUGCUUCCUUAACUUCCCCCGAGCUGAAAAAGGGCUCAUGCAGACAGUCAGUGUGGAAAGUUCAACUUGUUUCCUUUUCUGGGUACUGUGUAACCGUGUCCCAGGUUGAAGAAGCUGACAGAAAUCGUAUCGCUGACAUUUGCCAAAGAUUGGGUCAAAUUCGCAAGCGUGUCACUCAUAACUUUAUUUUCCAACAAGUUGGUUUCAUCUGCCCCCUUGGAUUCUGUGAUAUGGCAGCUGGCCGAAAGAGUGACAAUUUUAGCUGAUUGACGAUUAAUCGAAGUCAAUUAAAGAGACAAGAUCACAGUGGCGGCAGGUCUUGUAAAAAGAGUGGUAGCGAUGAUUAUGCGUUCUCAUUCGCACAUAUCAAAUUAGCCUACUGGCUGUUCAGCAUAAGUUUCUUAACAUCUUUAUAAUGGUUUCACAAAGGACUUUGCUGUAGGACGCUAAAGAGAAAAGGGGUCAGACUGGCUCACGACACGCGUUAAUCGGGCUGCGCAGAUCCCUUCAAACCCAUAACCACUAUUGUAGAUGUAGACAAACUCCUUUGAAGCCUCUACUGCUUACAUGCCUAGACAGAGGCCUUCACGCCGCGUCAGCCACUGCGCCCAAUCCCAGCAACAGAUAGUUGAUACACUCGGACAGUCGACUGGUACCCGAGAGAGGUGAAGGAAAAUGAGGCUGAUCCUGGAGAACCCACUCCUAGGGGGCAUCAGUGCGUUCCUCACUAGAAAAGAUUUAACUCACUUGAGUCGUUGUGGCUUAUAAGGCUACCAAUUGACGGGAUAACACAAUCCUUAAUGUGGCAUUUACUGCACUCACGCAUGUGUGUGCCACACUUGAAAGAACCCCUGUUUGGGCCAGAUCGCUUAUGACAAAUGUACACAGGCCAUUUAACUUUGGCAGGCAUUGAGCCCGAAACCGUCUCCGGUUCUGACUGUCUUGCUCCUAGAGUGAUGUGAGUCAGGGAGAAGCAAGUGCUCUAGGGGGUGCGAAAGUCUACUAAAACGCAAAAUGCUCUGUACCUUUACAACAUGACAUGCUGUCAGUACGUUCGGACAAUCGGUUGGACGAAAUGGAAUUCGUAAACAUUAAUUCUUUUUGAUUAGUCGGGACGGAAGUUUGCACCUAACGUUUGCUAGAAUUUCAAUUUCUACCCCAGCAACGGAAUGCCUAUUGAUCUUAUGUGAUGUUCGACGGGCUAAAAAGGGCUUGCGGAACAGUUUCCAUUGUCAUGCUACAGGUCGUAGAUUGUACUUGUGUAGCUAAACAGUAACGGACAAAUGUAAAUAAUUGCUCUGGUGGAAUUCACGCGUCUAAUUAAGACUUUCGGGGAUAAAUGGUCCGGUCGGUCAUGUUUUGAAUGAAGGGAAAUUAAUGUCACUACGGCUGUGUAAUAUAGAUUUGGCUGCCUUAAGACACCUAUAUCUGAUCAGAAGAAUAAGCGAUCGCUGGAACAAUGGCUUUAUUCGCCUGACGUUUCGGAUUCUCUCUUGAAUCCAUCAUCAGAGACAGUUGCAGAAAAGGGUGGCUAGUGUACAGGAAGUCGCAGUAUUUAUAGGAUGCGGUCGCCAUGCUACCGCAUACCUACAGCAAUUAACUGUGCUCACUUCAUCAAGGACUGUUGCCCGCUGGUGCGCUAAUUGCUUGAUGGCCGGCAUGCAAGUUGUUAAUUGCUGACAUCUCAUCACCCGUGUUGGAUGCUGGCGUGAUGAUUGCUCGGCCAUCUGGCUCACGUGCUUGCGCGCUCCUCGAGUGGUCAAUUGCUUUGGCCAGUCUAUGCCUCAGGACAGAAUAUGGAGUGGGGAUGUCGUUGCACUUGUUGAUAGACUGAGGUCCCGUGAACCAUGACUCAAGCAACUCGCGGCUCACGCGAUUAUCCCCUCUCGCGAGAAUUUCGGCCUCAUCGAACUUGAAUGUGUGGCCGGGUCUCGUCGAAUGGGCCGCGGCCUGAGAGUUGGUGUCAUUUCUCCGUACAGCUGCCACGUGUUCGGCGAUUCGCGUCCGGAGCAGUCUUCCAGUUUCUCCGACGUAGUUGCUUUGUCC